AUGUCUCAAAGCGAGCACUAUCUUGUGCGGAUGGCCACUUGUAGCACUUCGUUAGCUCAAGUUUGGGCGGCGUUGGCUACAUUUAAGGGCAACCCGGAGCGUCGAGGCGUCUAUGCCCUUAAUCAGCGAUCGGAAAAUCCGCCUGCUGAUAGCGCUGAAAUGAGGCCGGCAAAGCGACCGCGACGAUAUACCUGUCAGGGAGACUUUGUCGACUCCGGAGGGAUUCAAGUUGGGUCGAGUAGUCCACCGCAUGAUGAUUCCUACGAUGGCUCUCAAAGUUCUUCGCUGGGCUACUUUGACCUUAAGGACCAUUGUUUGGGAGUUACACCGGAAGACGACACUCUGCGACUUGCGUCGUGCGUGAUCCGACAUAUACUCUAUUUUGCUCCGCCUCAAGAAAACCCCCUAAACACCGCUGUCGUGGACUUUAGAGACGCCAAGACUAGAUUAUCUGCUUCCACUGUGCUUACAGAGCAAGUGGUGAUUGCGACCGAUGAUGGUGGACUUUGUCUACGACGGGAAAAACCAGGGGGUGGUUUCAGCCUGGUCAACAACCACGUUGCAAUUCUGGAGGCGAAGGCACGAUUUCAAACCCUAGAGAACGAUGGUCUGCGAAGCGUUAGCGACUAG